AAAAGACCGACAUUCUCCCGCCUAAACGCAAUCUCAUACUAGUAUUUCUUUUCAGACAUCUCAAGAAUCAAUCGAAUCCUUAAAACCAAUUUUCAUCAACUACACUCCAAGAACACACGCAGAAAGAAAGCGCAGCAGCUCAAUCAAAUCUAGCAAAAUGUCCACAGCGCCGGUGCGCAGAAUUAAAGAACGCGGCGGCGGAGGAGGGAAAAUCUCCGCAGCACCCGCCGCCGGAAAAGUGUCCCCAAUGUCAGGGAGGUCUGUUUCGACAGGGAAGGAGAACCCCAGACCCACGUCACUGGUUCGGGGAGCGACGCAAAAGCCCACUUUGAAACCCAUGGCGCGGGUAGACAAGUCCGUGGCGCCGCCGCCGCCGGCGGAGGAGACACGGUCCAGGCGGUCUACUUCAUCUGUGCCGAGAGGUAGGAGUUCCAGCCCUUCUGAGUUUACUAGGGUUUUGUCUGAUUUGAGGAAAAAUUCUUCGAGGGUUUAUAUGGGCUCGGGUAGGGGAAAAGAGAGUGGGGUUAAUUUGAAAGGUUUGAAUGUGAAAUCUGAUAUUGAGAAAAGGGUUGGAAAAGAUUUGGCGAAAAAUGGGGGAUUUGUGGGUGAACUUAAAAAAGAUAAGAUUCACAUUAGGGUCGUGAACGACGGGAGAAGUGAUAUAAAAGAAGAUAUUUUAGGCUCAGUUGCUAUGGGAACACCGAACCUGGAGAAUAGGGUGUUGAAAGAUUUCAAGAAAAAUGUGGAGGAUCCAAAUGGGGGGUUUCAAGGAAAUGAGAAACUCGCUGUAACGGUUUUAACUGGGGAUAGUGUCGAAAAAGAGCAAAAGUCGAGCUCUGUGGUGAAAAUGUCGGAUAUUGAGGAAGUUUGUUCGAAGUCUGGCUUAGAGGUUGGUCUAAAAAGUAGCAAAUUUACAGACGAAGUGAAGAUUAUGAAGUCUAGCAUGGUAGGGGUUGUACCUUCCAGAGAAUCGAAGAUGGUCAGCAAAGUUAGCAGCUGUCCUGGUGCUCCCCGAGAAAAUGCACCAAACAAGUAUCCCAGCAAGCUUCAUGAAAAACUUGCCUUUUUGGAAGGGAAAGUGAAGAGGAUAGCAUCUGACAUUAAAAGAACGAAAGAGAUGUUGGACAUGAAUAACCCGGAUGCCUCCAAGAUGAUAUUGUCUGAUAUUCAAGAAAAGAUCACGGGGAUUGAGAAGGCCAUGGUAUAUGUUUCUAGUAGUGAUGUGAAAACUGUAGAAAACAGUCGAGUUGAGAAAGAAGAAAAGGAACUCAGGGAUACUCAAUACACAGCUAAGGGGUUGAAUGAAGAACUGGAAGCUCGGUUGUUUCCUCAUCAUAAGUUGAUUAGAGAUAGGACUUUAUUUAAGGCAACGGUUAGAGGUUCCGAGACCUGUGUAUCAGAAGUUGGAGAGUCCAAAGACACACUUAUUGUGGGUGAGAAGGCAACCAUAUUCGAAGAUAAUGCUAUUGCUGUGGAAUUGUUGGCUUCUUUGAGUAAGGUGGAAUCACAUGUUGGUGGAGAAGCAAGCGAGCUUCAAGAGAUGGACGAUUCUAAGACUUGUAUUGCAGAAAGUUCUUCUAUAAAUGCACUUAAUGACAAAGUUAGUAUUGAUGCUUUCCUCAAGGCUGAUGAAAAGCUUAAUGAAUUUGAUGACGAAGAGAGAUUGCCAGGCAUGACAUUUGGAGAGGAGGUAGAGGAAGAUUCUACUUAUAAACUGAAUGAUAUCGGACGGAAGACCUCAACUGGAGGAUGGUUUGUGUCCGAGGGAGAGUCUGUUCUUCUAGCUCAUGAUGAUGGCUAUUGUUCCUUUUAUGAUAUUUCUAAUUCUGAGGAGAAGGCCGAAUACAAGCCCCCUGCAGGAGUCGUCCCAAAUAUAUGGCAGGAUUGUUGGAUUAUCCGUGCCCCUAGUGCAGAUGGAUGUUCUGAAAGAUAUGUUGUGGCGGCAUCUGCUGGAAAUUCUGCGCAUUCAGGUUUCUGCUCGUGGGACUUCUACUCCAAAAAGAUACGUGCUUAUCAUUUUGAAGAUGAAACUGCCCGUGUAAGAACAGCCCUUGCUCCUCUGUCGAACAACACAAUGCAUGGAAGAUUCACUCUGUCUACUGCUAUGGCUGCUGAAAACCAACAAUGGUGGUAUAAACCAUGUGGACCUCUCAUUAUGUCGGGCUCUAGCUAUCAAAGGAUGGUCCAACUCUAUGAUAUCCGUGAUGGGCUGCAAGUGAUGAAAUGGGAUUUGCAGAGACCUCUCUGCGCAAUGGACUAUGCAAGUCCUUUGCAGUGGAGAAAUAGAGGAAAAGUGGCAGUUGCAGAAUCGGACAGUAUUUCUGUUUGGGAUGUCAGCUGUCUUAGUUCUCAGGCACUGCUAUCAGUAUCUUCUUCUGGUCGUAGAAUCUCAGCUCUGCAUGUGAAUAACACUGAUGCCGAAUUAGGUGGAGGAGUUAGACAAAGGGUUAGUUCAGCAGAAGCAGAAGGUAAUGAUGGAGUAUUCUGCACUUCAGAUUCCAUUAAUGUUCUAGAUUUCCGGCAACCUUCAGGCAUUGCUUUUAAGAUACCUAAAGUCGGAGUGGACGUGCAGUCAGCUUUCUCACAUGGGGAUUCCAUCUACAUUGGAUGUUCUACAUUAAGAUCAGCUGUGAAAAAGCAAUACUCUUCCCAAAUCCAACAGUUCUCUUUGCGCAAACAAAGGCUUUUUAGCACCUACACAUUACCUGAGUCAAAUGCUCACAGCCACUUCACAGCAUUGACCCAAGUUUGGGGAAGUUCAAACUAUGUCAUGGGAGUUUGUGGACUUGGUUUAUUUGUUUUCGACUCCUUAAAGGAUGAUGGACUACCUUCGUACGCAAUGGAUUAUAACAGCUCCCAAAAUGUCAAAGAAAUCAUUGGACCAGAUAACAUGUACUAUCCUUCGUUUGAUUACUUGUCUUCAAGGGUUCUGCUUAUAUCCAAAGAUCGUCCUGCGCAGUGGAGGUACUUGUUCUAGGUUAAGUUUUCAGCCUAUUGGAUCGAGCAAUAACUUAUUGCCUGUUGUUUUGGCAUAUUAGCUAUGUUAGUUAAAACUUGUUUCUUGGAGUGUUUGUGAGGUUGUUUAUUUAUUUUGUUUUUUUUAAUGCAGCAACUUUGUUUGUAAUUACUGUAUUAUAUAUCCGGUUUUCUUCCCUUUUGCUUAAUGGGAAGUAUGAUAUCUGAAAUGCUUUUGGAUUGAAAUAAUAUAAAGUGAUGCUACUGUGUGAUAC